AAACGCAUGAAUCAACAUCAAAUAAAAUGUUAUUUCACAUGCGUCGUCGACGAACAGUGAAAUGCUUACUGGUCCUUUUCCAACAAUGCGGAGCAAAGAACAUAAAGAAAUCUAAUUUACCCAACAAUGUGCCAAUGUAUAAUAAUGUACCAAACAAGGUUUACAUUGUGAAGCAAAAACUAGCUCAAAUGCAUAUUCGUUCAAACGUGCAUUUUUUCGGGACCCAAAGGUCAUUGUUGGAAGACCAGUUUUGAUUGAACAGGGCUGCCAAGAGCGAACAGGCAUUGUGCAAGUGUUUCAGCAACCACUAGAGAAUGUGCGAGGCUGCGGCCCUUGUCAAGUGGCGAGCCUUGCCCUUUACUCAGACACUCGCACAUUCACUUCAGCCAACCCAGCAGGAUAAAACACAUUCUGUUUUUGAAUGCCUCUUUUCAUUUCUCGCUCCCUCCCUCGCAUUGACUUUUGGUGGUGGUGUGGACGCGCAUGCUGCCCUUUUGGUCCCCACAGGGAGGCAUUCUCUCAGCUCGCGCAUUGGGGCCCCAGAUGCAGCACAUUCUAGAGACGAGUGCUCCCUUUGUCCUCUGCUGUUAGCCCCAUACGCCUCCCUACUCAAAUUGAAAGUCACCCCAUUCUUUCUUUCUCCCCCUCUUUGUUUGUCUACUGUCCAGUAGUUUAGGCCUACUGAUCUCCUCCAGGAGCAAGUCUUGCCAGGGUUCUAACUAUGGCAGUGCUUGUCACCUUUUAGCAAAUCAGGACUUGUGCACUGGCCUAGGCACCCGUAUAAGCAUUAGACAAUGCUAACUUUGGGACAGUCACAAUGUGUAAUUUGAACCCUGGCCCUUGCCCUUUUCUCUUCCGUCUUCCCCACACCAAACUUUCCCCUUGCUAUCAUGUUUUUUUGGGUGGUGGUUGGGGAAGGAGGAUGAGAUGAGGAAGUGGCUGGUUCCCCUGCCCCCUAGCCCUCCAUUUCCAUUAGCUCCUCACAGGGAGCUCCCAGGGCAGGCUGCAGAGUUGGGAUGAUGAACGUGUGGGGUGGCUGGAGGGGGGUGUGGUGUGUAACAAUGGGUGCUUUGUGAGAGGAGGACUGGCCGUGGCAGGAGUGGGGGGCCUCCGCAGCGCUGAGCAGAGCCACUUCAUUAGUCAAGGCUCUCCCUCCUCCCUCCAUUCUCUCCUCCCUCUGUCAUUCUCUCGCUCGCUGUCGACAUUACACACUCUGAAGUCUGGAACCAGCCAGUAGGAGCCUGCAUGGUUUGUGCUGCGCUUUCUGCUUUCCAGUCAGAAGCAGGGUGGAGACGGGUUUUUCCGACUUUCUGGGGGUUCUACGCAGCUCUUUUCGUACAUGACUACGGUCUUCCUCCUGUCCUAAGGAUGAAAAGGUGAAUCUCCUCUGAUUGCAGCGAUGGCAGUGCAGGCUGGCAUACAGAUGUGGUUCGGGGAGAAGUUUGACACGCCUCUGCAGAGUCCACGCAGUCCUUUGACGCUGCGCCAUGGGCCGGGCUUGGCCGAUGUCUUCCAGUAUGACCAGUGGCUGGCCGUGCGCCACGAAGCCACAUUGGUACCCAUGCAGGAGGACCUGGCCAUCUGGCUCACCGGGAUGCUGGGAGAGGAGGUGAGAGCGGAGAGCUUCAUGGAGGAGCUGAACAACGGGGUGAAGCUCUGUCGGCUAAUCGGAGCUCUGCAGAGCAGGAUCUCUCAGAGCGGGGCCUCAGAUAUGGGCAAGUUGUUUCCCAUGAAGAAGGUGGCAUGUAAGUGCAAUGCCUCUCCAGGGUCCUUUUUCGCCCGUGACAACACUGCCAACUUCCUGGGCUGGUGUCGCCACAUAGGCGUGGAAGAGACAUACCUGUUUGAAUCGGAGGGCCUAGUUCUGCACAAGGAUCCCAGGCAGGUGUGUCUGUGUCUACUAGAGAUCGGCCGCAUCGUCUCCAAGUAUGGGGUGGAGCCUCCGGUACUGGUGAAACUGGAGAAGGAGAUUGAGCUGGAGGAGACCCUGCUGAAGACUACAGAGCCUGCUUCUGCAGUCAAAACCUUCACUGUGUGUUGCCAGCAUGGGGGCCUCUACCAGCCUGGGGAGCAACAUCUGACGGACGAGCCUCCGUGUAACUGCUCCCAGAGAGUAUCUAUUGAAUACCUGUCAGAGGGCCGUUACAGACUGGGAGACAAGACCCUCUUCAUCCGGAUGCUGCAUGGGAAGCAUGUGAUGGUGCGUGUGGGGGGUGGCUGGGACACCCUAAGGGGUUUCCUGCUCAAGUAUGACCCCGGCCGGGUGCUCCAGUUCACCACUCUGGAGCAGAAGAUCCUGGCAUACCAGAAGGGUCCACCGGGCCACGGCGGCCAUGGCUCUGCAGCAGCAGCCCCUCCACCUGACAUGGACCCUCUCGCUGCAGUCAACCUCAUCCCCUCGUCUUCUUCCUCGUCUUCCUCUGGUUCGGCCUCCAAAGCCACCUGCACCCCCGUCUCGACCCCUACUCUGCCCAGGAAAGCAGCCGCAGCACCCAAAAAGAUCCUGCAGAUGCCCCUUCCCUCCCCCAAGAAGCCCACCCAGAAGCCCUUGCCAAUCCCCAAGAAGGUGGCUGCUGUGUUGCCCACCCUGUCUUCGCAGCAGGGCCCAAGCCCUUCCAUUCACAGUGGCAAGAGCCAGCCGACGGCGCCUCUGCUCCAUUCCUCUUCUUCCUCAGCUGUGGCUCCUUCUGCCCCCAAGCUGAAGCUCAGGCCGUCCCCUCGUGGCGCCCUCUCCCAGCCUCGUAGCCCUGUGUGCCCCGAGCCCUCCCGUAAAUGUCCUAAACCCUCCUCCACUCCAUCCACCCACACCUCCAUCACAGUGCCUCGCCCCGCCACAGCCCCAUCAAGGGUCCCCUUCCAGAAAGAGGGCCGACCCCCAACCGGCGCCACUCAACGCCGCCUGUCUCAGAGACGGCCCGCCUCCCCGGCCUCGCGCCUUCGUCUGGAUGCUGCCAGACGGGUCCGUCCAACCCCCCGUGUGACUGUGCCAACACCCAGGCCGGCAACAGCCCAACCCGCCAGGACACUAACCCCUACCUCCAGGACUGCCACAACAGCCCUGCCCAAAUCCACCAUCUCACUCCCCAAGAGCAAAGACACCACAGCCAAAAGCCAGGCCCAAACCAGGGCCAUCCCCAAAGUGGUAGUGCCUCUAUGUGGCGGCACCCCUGGGCCGUUACCAGGGGCCUCUAGUGGCUCUACUGCUGUUGGCAAGACCAACCAGAGAACGGUACCAACUGCCCAGAGGGCAGUACGGAGGCAAGCGCCCUCUACCAUCACCCCCUCUCUCAAACCGCAGCCCACCAAAACGCCCCCCCAAAAUACCAGCCCCAACAUCAAAGCCCUCCCUUCCCAAAAGAACACUGCUCUCACAAAGAAGACCCAACUCAAGAACAAAAGCGAGGACCCUUAUUUUGAAAUGAACGGUAGAAGGCAUCAGAAGACGUGAGACGUAGUUGGGGGGCGUAGUAACGUGACGGGGAGGGACUGUACUGUCCUACUGAACAUUAGUGCUUCCAUCACGGUAUUUGUCUGAAUAAGUCCCCAACCAGGAUUCUGCAGAACACCAAUGUCCACACAAAUAUAUACCCAACCGGUUACAGAUGCAGCAACUGUCAAGACACAAGCUAGUGUGUAACUUUCAAAACGCCAUUUGCACCGCUACCAUCUUUACAUUUGUUUCUCAGUUGGUACGAUUUUCUCUGUUACUUAACUUGUCAUUUUAUUGUCCUGUUGUCGAAAGCUCAUGCUUCAAUAGCAUUUGACAAUAAGUAUGUUUUUAUACUGUCUUUGAAUGGGUUGAGAAGUGAGUGAUACUGAUUUUAUCUGAGGUCAGCUCAAUUCAGUCUUUAGCCUAACACAGAAACACUGAGGUCAGCUCAAUUCAGUCUUUAGCCUAACACAGAAACACUCAAUGGAUGCGUUGGAAACCAACAUCCCAUCAACAGCCUUUUGUUUCCUAUCCUUUUUCCAUCAUUUUGAGUGUUUUUUGAAAGCUUUCUCAUGUCUAUUCGUAUGUCUUGAGGUUCCCUAGAGGGCUCUACCUUUGUCCAUCUGAUCUGAUACAUAUUUUUCUCUGAAUAUAAAAGUUAUACUUUUUAAACAUUGGCAUUUUCUUUUCAGAAAGGGUCAUUUCUGUGCAGAGCUAACUAAGGCAGCACACUUUGAAAAUGUUAAUUAUUCAUUACAAAGCAGGUUAUUGUAACUGAAUGUUUGACAGGAAGUAUAACUGGACUGAAUGUUUGUGCUCGGUGUGGAUAAGCUUUUCAUUGAUGGAGGUUUGAUUGAAUAUAGACGUCUGUUUCUUUGUCACAGACUGGAUGAUGAAUGGGGUGUUUUCCAUUUUAGAGGUCAAAUUAAGCACUGUUGGAAUGUUUCUCGUGUGCCUUUAGAAAUGACUGUUGCUGAGUGGCGUUAGAAUGUACUAGAAACUAGGGUUUUAAUAUUUUUUACAAAUGAGAAUUGCACAAAGUACAAGCGCUCGGACUGAGUUUUUAAAUUUUUUUAUUACAUGGUCAAAUCUCAAAUGAGUUACUACUGAUAAUAUGCCUGUUACACAUCCUUUGAACACGUCGAGGGCAACUAAAGGACAAGCAAAGCCAUUAAUCAUUUUCCAGAGGGGGAAGUUAUCGUGAGGUAGAUUUUAAUUUUGUUUUGUCAUCUGAGUCUUUUCAUUGAUCAUAUUUUUACUUUUCUAUGUGGUCUUCAUGUCUAAGUUACUUUGUCUGUUUUCUUGGUCAGCACUUUAUGAAAACCUCUUGGUGUGUUUGUCACUUUGAAUGUUGAUUCUGUUGAUUUGUGUUGUCUGAUCUACCUUUGUUACAUUGUCCAAUAAAAGGCCAAACGUUGGCAGACUUCCAGCAAAA